AAGAAGAAUUGGAAAAAAGAAAAAAAAAAGGGUGAAAAAUCUCUCUCUGUACUCUCUAGGGAGGAAGGAGGAGGAGUAAAUAAGGAGCACGCUCGCUCGGUACUAGUACUGUAGUACCAGUUUAGACUCCUCGUAGACACCUCCUGCUGCUGCUGCUUCUUCAACAAGCUCAUUUUCAUUUUUCUCAUUUUUUUUCUUUCAUUUCUCUCUCUUAUUUAUUUGUUUUUCUGUUUGAUCAGAUCAUUGGAAUUAUAAACCCUAAUAGUUUGUUUUUAUGAAUCUGAAUCAUCAUCAACAUUUUUGAUACUCAAUGUAGUAAGGAAUCAUCGAUUGAAUAAUUAAUGGUGAAAUUAUUUCAUCAUCGGAGUCAUAGCAGUGUUGGCGGAUCUUUAGUUGCAGAUAGACAUGGAGGAGGGAAAUUAUGGUCUGCAUUUUCUGGUGUUGCAUUUAGAAGGAAAAUAUUAGAUAGUAUGAGAUGUGGUAUUUCCCGCCAUAGAUAUGAAGUAGAUUCAGACAUUGAAGAACAACCGCAACCACAGCUAGUAGAAGAGGAGAAGAAGAAAACAGUACCGGAGAAGGAAAUAGUUGCAGAGGAGGUAGAAGCGAUUAUAAAGAGGAAGGAAAUAGUACCAGAAGAGGUAGUGUUUAUAAAGAGUGGAUCAGAGACAUUAUCAGAUAUUUUGAACUUAUCUCAGACAACUACUGCUACUGCCACUACAAGUACAUCAUCAUCAGAGAUUGUAUUAGAAGAAGAGAAAACAGAAACGGAGACGGAGGAAGUAGAAGCGAUUAAGAAGAUUAAAGUAUUUGAGGAAUUACAAAAUGUAGUCAAGAAAUUACAAUCUGUAGUAUUAGAGGAUGAAUUAGAAGAUGGAUUAAAAUCAAAACAACAAUUGGAAGCAGCAUUAGAUGUUAGAAGAUAUGCUAAAGAUGAUUCAGAAGCAAGAAUCACAUUAGCAAUGCUUGGUUCUAUUCCGCCUCUAAUUGGAAUGCUUGAUUCAACAAAUCAUGAUUCUCAGAUCGCUUCACUUUAUGCUCUUCUCAAUCUUGGAAUCGGUAACGACAUGAAUAAAUCUGCCAUUGUUAAAGCAGGAGCAGUUCACAAGAUGUUAUCUCUAGGCGAAUCGUCGGGUAAUCCAUUAGUAUCAGAAGGAAUUGUGGCGAAUUUCCUUGGAUUAAGUGCACUGGAUUCAAAUAAACAAGUAAUUGGUACUUCUGGUGCAAUUCCUUUCCUAGUUAAAACCUUGAGAAGUUUGGAAUGUAGUUCACAAGCUAAACAAGACUCAUUAAGAGCAAUAUACAAUUUGUCGAUUUCUCCGUCAAACAUUAGUGAAAUCGUAGAAAAUGAUUUCAUUGAUUUCAUUUUGAAUCUACUUGGAGAUAUGGAAGUUAGUGAGAGAGUCUUGUCAAUUCUGAGUAAUGUAGUAUCCACACCAGAAGGGCGGAAAGCGAUAAGUAACUCGUCUGAUUCGUUUCCGAUUUUAAUCGAUGUAUUGAACUGGACUGAUGAACCUGGUUGUCAAGAGAAAGUGACUUAUAUUUUGAUGGUUUUGGCUCAUAAAGCGUAUGGUGAUAGACAAGCGAUGAUUGAAGCAGGAAUUGCGUCGUCUUUACUUGAAUUAACACUUCUUGGUAGUACAUUGGCACAAAAAAGGGCAUCGAGGAUAUUAGAAUGCUUAAGAGUUGAUAAGAGAAAACAAAUUUCAGAUGGGGGUAAUAAUUAUAGUGGUGUAGUAGUAGGAGCAGUUUCGGCACCAAUUUGUGGUGGGUCUUCAUCAGGACUUAAUAAUCAAGACCAAGUUUUUGAGGAAGAAGAACAAGAUAUGAUGAGUGAAGAAAGAAAAGCAGUUAAACAAUUAGUCCAGCAGAGUUUGCAAAAUAACAUGAGAAGGAUUGUCAAGAGAGCAAAUCUGCCGCAGGAAUUUGUUCCUUCCGAUCAUUUCAAGUCACUUAUGACCACAACUUCUACUUCUAAAAGCUUACCAUUUUGACGACUGGAUCAUAAGUACUGUUAAUCAGAAUUGAUGGGGAAUGAAAGAGUGGAGAAACUAAGCAAAGUCUCUUAACUGUUUCCAGCUGAAGAGCAUACGGGGAAUUUCUCCCUCAGUACAUACAGUAGUUUAUGGUGUUUUUUGGGGCUGUCAUUUUUCUUUUUCUUUCUUGUCUUAGAUUUGGCCUCUUUCUCUUGUAAAGCGUAAGUAAUCUGUAGUGCACAAGCGAUUUUGUUAACUUAAACUUUUUGUCAUAGCAUUAGUAAUUUCGUUU